AUGGAUCAACUACACAAAGAUGCCCUACGACGUACGCGGGUGGCGCUGGUCAAAGAUUUGGAUGUGGAUCACAUUUGCGAUGAAGUUUUGGCCAAGGAUAUUUUUACACAACUGAUGAUGGAAUACGUUAUGGCUGAGAGGACACGAAUUGAUAAAGUCCGCAGACUCCUGGAUGACCUCGUUAGACGAGGACCCAAUGCUUAUCAGGCAUUUCUUCAAGUUCUUAAUGAAACUGGAUAUACAUUCCUAGCGGACAAAAUAAUUCGAAGUGAGGAAAUUUUACGAAGAGAGAAGGAUCCCAGUACUUCUAUGCCAAUACAGGCAACUUCAGACCAAAACACACACUUUUCCAGUAGCAGUAGAUUUUCUUCUUCAGUGGGAGCAUUUCAACAAAAAGAGAAAGGUGUAUUGAAUUUCAAUGCAAACAGGUCUCCAGAUGUGCCAAGUAGUGUACCAUCACAUUCAGUCUCAGAGCCAGGUCUGUUGUCUAAAGCAGGAGGUUUGACAAUAAAUGAAAGGAAUGCAGAGUCCAUGCCAUCUACACCCAUGGACACAAAUUCAAUUGAUGAUGAUUUAGACCUGGAGUCUGGACUUAGUCUUGGUACAAGCAUGGAGACUGGGGAAGAUCACAUUGACACCAGUGAGGAGGAACAACUCUUGAGGGACAAUGGCCCUGAAGAAACAAUAAGAGAAAGUCAAGCACAACAUCCCUCUGACGUUAAUCAUGAACCAUAUACAAUGUAUUACCCCUCAGCCAGCAUGACCAUGUGCAGCCCAUACUUGUCAAGCUUCAGCCUGAAAAAAUGCUACAAAAUGGACACAAAACCAAGAGGCCUUGCUUUAAUUAUCAACAAUAAACAGUUCAGGGGGAAUGCCUACUACAAUGUUCGUGAAGGCUCGGAGAUUGACUGCCGCUGCCUAAAAGAACUGUUUAACAGCCUUGGUUUUACAGUUGUUGUAAAGGAAGAUUUGGAAACUGAAGAAAUGCUUAAACAAUUGGAAGAAUUUGCUAAGAAUCCUCAACUUGAUGUUGUGGACUGUAUGGCUGUAGCUGUUCUGUCCCACGGGUCUGACCAGGAAAUCAUUUGUGGAGUGGAUGGUUUUGGUGUGAAGGUGACAGAUGAUAUACUGCCAAUGUUUUUUGCCAAGAAGUGCCCAAUGUUGCAGGCCAAACCAAAAAUGUUUAUCAUCAAUGCCUGUAGAGGGGGAAAAGAGGGACAGAGAAUCAGCAUAAAGCCUCAGCAGAUAAGGAUAGGGGGAACACGUGUGAAGACGGACAAACUGCAAACUGAUGGAGGAGACAAUAUGUCAACAAAUAUCAAACCUCAAGUUAAUGAUAUGCAAGACAUACUUCUGUCUUCAUCAACCUUCCCAGGUUACGCGUCUUACAGGGACACAGUAGAAGGAAGCUGGUUUAUCCAGGAGCUGGUCGGUGUUUUCAGGGAGCAGAGUGACACAGAACAUGUAAUGGAUAUGCUGACAGAGGUUAAUCACAGAGUGUCUCAGAAACAUACUGAAAUGUGUGCUCAAAUGCCAUUCCCAUCCAACUCUUUGACCAAGAGAUGGUACCUCAACCCACCUAAGAACUGUCAAUUAGUUAUUUAAGAGGUUUUGUGCCAUGGAUACUCUUCAGUAUUUGCAAAGAGCAGAUACCCGGUACAAUGGGCCAUAUGUGAUAGACCAAAGUCCUUCAUUUCUUUCUGUGACUGCAGGAAACAUGUACACUGCUUGAACAUCUUGAAUAAUUACAAAAUAUGCUUUUAUCUCCUUGCAUAUUUUCACAAUAUAUAACUGUUUCCAUACUUGUUUACUAAGUAUUACGAUAUGGAACUACAAUUUAAAUGGAUAUGAUCUACUAAUAUACUUAGGAUCAUUUAAUUUACGUGACACCUUAUUUUUGUGAGAAAGACAUUUACUCUUCAUUUGCAAGACAAAAUUUUCACAAAUUGUGGUUCUGCUUUAUAUAUUCUUUAAGAAAACUAAUAUAAGUGAGAACAUUUUUGCGAGCACUCUGUGUCGCAUAAUUACGCAAAAAAUAAAGUUCUCCUGAAUAAAAAGUGAUUUAGUAAAUUUUUUUUGUAAUAUAUAUUAUGAAAGUUCAGACUAGAAUUUGUAAUACAUGUAUAUGAUAUUGUGAAUUAUCUAUUGAGUUCUAAAGUUCUGCUGGACAGGGGUGUGCAAUUAGAAAAAUUUACUACUAGCCCACGGGCUAGUGGCAGCUAUAAAGUUACUAGCCCCAAGUAAAAAGUUACUAGCCCAAAUAUAGGAGCAAAAAUUUAAAAUAAAAUGAAAGUAAUUGUUGAAAAAGUCAGGGUACUGAGGUAAUUCCUUUUAAAAUUAAUGUAAUUCUCACUAUUAAAUUUUAAAAUCAUGUUUAAACUAGCCCGACCCCAAAAAAUGGUAGCUCCGGGCGUCGGGGGAUGCUUAUUGCACACACCUGGCUGGACAAUUGUCUCUAGCUUUGCAUAAAAUUAGUGCUUCUAGAAUUAACCUGUAGUGAAGAAAUUUUUCUUAAAAGAGUUAUGUGGACAAGAGACAUGUGACUAUAUAUUCAUAAUUAUGUCCCUUAUCAGCUAUUGUGUUUCAUGUGCAAAAAAACUGGAUGAAUACGUUUAUUUUUUCAUCAGUUAAAAGAGUUUUAUGUAUUAUAUACAUCUAUUUUUUAUUUGUCUUAACAUCAUUCUGUGCCAUGCAUUAUUAAAACUUUCAUUUUUUGUAGUACAUGUAUGAUCAUUUGCUCUCAAUAUUUG